CCGCUUCCACGCGGUUCCGGGUUCCCGGUUCUGGCUCCCGGGUCGCUUCUGCGAGGUCUGUCUGGACUCGCUGUGCAGGGCCUGGCCCCGGCCAUUGCCAGUGGCCCUUGACACCCCCCCAGGAAGGGGGUCGAGUCGAUAUCGGAGACCUGGGGCGGUGAGGCCAGGGCCGGGGCCGGGCCAGGGCCGGGGGCGGGACCCGAACCCCGAUCGCGCCCCGACCGAGCCCAGCGGGCCUGCGGCUCCGAGAUGACCCAGUCCCUGGUCUGUGCGGAGACGGUGAGCAGGGUGAGUUCGGUGCUGCAUCGCAACACCCGGCAGUUUGGGAAGAAGCACCUCUUCGACCAGGACGAGGAGACCUGCUGGAACUCCGACCAGGGCCCCUCCCAGUGGGUGGUGCUGGAGUUCCCACAGCGCGUGCGGGUGUCCCAGCUGCAGAUCCAGUUCCAGGGGGGCUUCUCCAGUCGCCGGGGCCGCCUGGAAGGGUCUCAGGGGGCCGAGGCUCUGAGCAAGAUUGUGGACUUUUACCCCGAGGACAACAACUCGCUCCAGAGCUUCCUGGUGCCGGCCACCGAGGCGGACCGGCUGAAGGUGACCUUUGAGGAGGCCACGGACUUUUUUGGCCGCGUGGUCAUCUACCACCUGCGGGUGCUGGGGGAGAAGGCGGCGUGAGAGCUCGGGGGUGGCGCAGA